ACGUUAAGACAAGGCGAAGGUACCAGGCAUCUCUGUUCAUCCUGUGAUGGAGAAUCCACUGCACAGUGCCGGGCGUUCACGAACUUGCUAGUCUAGUACAGUGUAUAUAUAUUCCGCGACUGCGACUACAAUGGGCGACAGAUCGUGUGCAAUCGAGAGCGAGCUACCUCCAUGGCGGCGGCGGCGGGCAUCCGGAGCAGGGAGGAACGGUGGAGCCUCGCCGGUAAGACGGCGCUCGUCACCGGAGGAAGCAAGGGGAUCGGGCGCGCGAUCGUGGAGGAGCUCGCGGGGUUCGGGGUGCGCGUGCACACGUGCGCCCGCACCGCGGCCGACCUGGACGAGCGCCUGCGCGCGUGGGCCGCGGACGCCCGCCUGCCGGGCCGCGUCACGGCGUCCGUGUGCGACGUGUCGGCGCGGGGCGACCGGGAGGCGCUGGUGGCGGCGGCGCGGGCGGAGCUGGGGCCCAGGCUGGACAUCCUCGUCAACAACGCCGGGCAGAGCACGUUCCGCGCGGCCACGGAGACGGCGGCCGGCGACUACGCGCGCCUCAUGGCCACCAACCUCGAGUCCUGCUUCCACCUCGCGCAGCUGGCGCACCCGCUGCUCCUCGCCGCGGGCGCGGGCGCGGGCGCGGGCGCCGCGGUGGUGAACGUGUCCUCCAUCGCGGGGCUCGUCGCGUACCCGGCGCUGGCGGCGUACUCGGCGACCAAGGGCGGGCUGAACCAGCUCACGCGCAGCCUGGCCGCCGAGUGGGCCGGCGACGGCGUGCGCGUCAACUGCGUCGCGCCGGGCGGCGUCCAGACGGACAUGUUCAGCAGCGUCGCGCUGGAGAUGGACCCGGACCCGGAGACGUCGCUGAGGAUGAUGGAGGCGGAGCUGGCGCGGGUGCCGUUGCGCCGAUUCGGCGAGACCGAGGAGAUCGCGUCCCUCGUCGCCUUCCUCUGCAUGCCCGCCUCGUCCUACAUCACCGGGCAGGUCAUCUGCGCCGACGGUGGCCGCACCAUUGCUGCCUAGGCCUUCGCGCUAUGCAUGCUACACUGAGUACCUGUACUGAACGUGUACGUGCCGACGACUC